ACCUACCUACCUACCUACCUACCUUGCCGCUCUCUCUCUACUUACGACUUAUGCCUGAAUCCUCCAACUCUUUGCGCCAGUGCACUCUUUCGUUGGCAGGCUGGGGCAGUUUACAGACAACAUACAAACCUUCCAUUUAGCAUCACAACGCGGCUUCCGUCUUCUCUCCCGGCCUCCAAACUUGGAUGCCAUCCGCACACACGAGAACUUAACAGCAGUCAUCACCCCCGCCACCUUCUCAUCCCCACCAUCGACAUAUCCGAAGCCGACACCCGCAUCUUCAGUUUGAUCUUGUCGUCUAGCGAUCUCCAGCUAUUCUGUCCAUCAGGACGCGUUGCGUGUCUGGCUCAAGUUGGAAUUUUGCCGGCAUCCACUUCUAUCCGUCAAGCCCACCUCGCCUCUGGGCACUCAGGGGACGCAUUCAUGACUUCCUCGCGACCGAGCGGCAGGGACAGCACUGGCUGGCAAGAGACAGUGUCCAACACAUCUCCGAAGCUGGUUAACGCAAUGGAGGCUGCCAGAGCCGGCGCUGCCGAAGUUGGACGCGUAGGCCGCCGCUUCCUCUACCGAAUAUGGGACUGGGAGCCUGUCAACAAUCGCACUAUUAAUGAGCCCGUGUGGUGUCUCGGCUGUUCGUACACGCUUGACAUCAAGCAGUACGGCUCGCCCUUGUCAUCGUCGUCGCUAUCUCAGCUUACAGCAGACACACCACCCUUGGAUAAGUCACAGCUUGCCGCCACGCAUCAGCACCAAGACUUUAAUGGCGUCCGGACAACUGCCACGGCAACUUGUCUAUCAGACACCUCAAUGUCUGCAGCACCGACAGGUUCCCAGCUGGGAUCCUUCGACACGGUCCCAGAUUCUGUAACGAGUGGUUAUGAUUCGGCUUUAGCAUACGAAGAGCCUGGGCAAGAUGGUGGAUGGCCGCCUGCCUUUCUCGACGACUUCGAGUCUCGUAUAUGGAUGACGUACCGCACUGACUUUGCACUCAUUCCGAGAUCGAGCGACCCCCAAGCGUCUUCUGCCCUGUCCUUCGCGAUGCGGAUAAAGACUACCUUUUCAGACUUGACGGGCUUCUCGUCCGAUACGGGCUGGGGGUGCAUGAUAAGGUCAGGCCAGAGCCUCCUAGCAAACGCUAUACUUAUUGCUCGCCUUGGCCGUGAAUGGAGGCGAGGUACAGACUUAGAUGCGGAAAAGGACAUCAUUGCCCUUUUUGCAGACGACCCUCGCGCCCCAUAUUCCCUACACAACUUUGUCAAAUACGGUGCCACGGCGUGUGGCAAAUACCCGGGUGAAUGGUUUGGUCCAUCGGCAACUGCACGAUGCAUACAGGCAUUGGCGGACGAGAAGCAGUCGGGCUUGCGGGUAUACUCAACCGGUGACCUACCGGAUGUUUACGAAGACAGCUUUAUGGCGGUUGCGAAUCCGGAUGGGCGCGGCUUCCAGCCAACACUGAUUCUCGUAUGCACAAGACUUGGCAUUGACAAAAUCAACCAAGUAUACGAAGAGGCCCUCAUCUCAACUCUGCAGUUACCCCAGUCAAUAGGUAUAGCCGGCGGUCGUCCUUCCUCGUCCCAUUAUUUUGUCGGCGUCCAAGGCCAACGGCUCUUCUAUUUGGACCCUCAUCACCCACGGCCUGCACUUCCUUAUCGCGAAGAUCCGAGAGGAUAUACGGCAGAAGAACUGGAUACGUGUCAUACUCGACGGCUGCGACAGCUUCAUAUUGGCGAUAUGGAUCCUAGUAUGCUUAUCGGGUUUCUCAUCAAGGAUGAGGACGAUUGGGACACGUGGAAAAGCUCCGUGAAGCAUGUCCAGGGCAAGUCCAUCAUCAGUGUUUCCCCGUACGACCCUGCCAGGGGGCAGGGUGGAGGGCGUGCCGAAGCCAUUGAUGAAGUAGAAACUUUAGAGAGUGAUGAUGAUGGAGAACCCGCUUUGGGAGCAUAAUGACUCAAGAAACGGGGCAUGAUGUAUUCGGAGCCUCGCUUCUACUACUCAACUUCAAGACAGUACGAGACCGACGAAAAGAGACGUUGAGGCACACACGGUAGGUGGCGGUACCAACGCUAUGUUGUACAAAGUCUUGGACGCAUGUUAUGAUCGUUUGGUGUGACGGUAGUACACAGAACUAUCUACCGUCUCACUUUUCUAUCACCCUUUGUGGAUUUAGGUGCAGGGGCCGCAUGAUUUUGUUCCUUGAUGUGCGCGAAUAACUUAGUCCGAGAUGAGAAGGUUUCUUUGCAGAAGGCGCAAAGGUGCUAUUACUUCCUAUUAGUCGAGUGAUAUGCGAUAUACGCAAUAUAAUAUACGCGCGAUUUCUUCAAA